AUGUCGGACGCUGACUUCGAGACCAUUCGGAAGCUCCAGGCAGAGCGCAACGCCUCAGCAGCUGCGAAAACAGGAUCGCGAUCCUCCAACGACCAACGAUCCGAGAGCGCAACCAAGGCGAAACUUACCGAGUCCUUCGAUACUGAGCUCUACGACCGCGAUGGAGGCGACAAAUAUGCCGGCUACCUCACGUCUAUUCCCGCGGCUGAAGGGGAGGAUGAAGAGAUGGAAGAUGCCGACAGCUCCCGCCGUCUAGUCGGCCAAUACACAGCAACUCGCGCGCAAAUCGACGAGUUUGCACACGGAAACGGAGUCGAAGAAGACGACCCCUUCGCUGGUAGGGGCGAGAACAGCACCAGGAUUACCGAUCGCGAAACUGACUAUCAGAAGCGCCGCUUCGACCGCGUCCUUACUCCCGACCGCGCCGAUGCCUUCGCGGCUAAUCGCCAAGCAGGCGCUGUUGACGAAGGUCAUACCUACCGCGAUGUGAUGGAACGGAGGGAGCUUGAGAGGGAGGAGGAGCGCGUGAAGCGCGCCAUCCAAGCCAAGCAGCGAGAUGGAGAUGGAGUUGACGGAGAACAUCAAGCGACCCUUCAAAACGGCGACAAAGAGAAUGCGGAAGCUGGAUCGACCGAGGCAGUAGCAGCUGGACGAAAGCGCAAGAAGAGAUGGGACGUCUCUUCGACGGCCGUGGACGAACCUACAUCUGAAGCUGUCGAUGGGAAAACCAAACGGUCGAGGUGGGACCAGGCACCAUCACUCUCGGUGCCUGGCGUAGUAGACGGGGCCAAGAAGCGUUCAAGAUGGGACCAGGCGCCCUCUGCGACACCGAUCGGUAGCAGUGGCCUCGUCACGCCGAUGCAUAGCUCUCAAGUCGGACCGGGUGCCACUCCGUCCUUCGGCGGAGACAUGCCCGGCGCACCUGGCAUACUGAGCGAUGAUGACCUCAACGUAUUGCUGCCGGGUGAUGGUCAAGGCUAUAAGAUUAUCGAACCCCCUGCUGGUUAUCCUGCAGGCCACGCGCCAAUUCAUAGGGUUUCUGCAACGCCUCUGCCGGCGAACUACGGGGGUUUCAUGAUGCAAGAUCCAGAGAGUGUCAGAACAGGCGGGAACCCGAUGCCAAAGGAAAUCCCAGGUGUCGGUGAGUUACAGUUCUUCAAGCAGGAGGAUAUGGCUUACUUCGGCAAGCUGGCGGAUGGAUCAGACGAGAACAGCCUGAGCGUCGAUGAGUUGAAGGAACGAAAGAUCAUGAGAUUGCUUCUCAAGAUCAAGAACGGUACACCUCCAAUGCGAAAAACGGCUCUCAGACAGUUGACGGAUAACGCAAGGCAAUUCGGUGCUGGACCUCUGUUCAACCAGAUUCUCCCUCUUCUCAUGGAAAAGACAUUGGAGGACCAGGAACGCCACUUGCUGGUCAAAGUCAUUGACCGAAUCCUCUGGAAGCUCGACGACCUCGUUCGUCCCUACGUGCACAAGAUUCUGGUCGUUAUCGAGCCAUUGCUCAUUGACCAAGACUACUAUGCCAGAGUGGAGGGUCGAGAAAUUAUCUCCAACCUCAGUAAAGCCGCUGGUCUAGCUACGAUGAUCAGCGUGAUGAGACCGGAUAUCGAUCAUGUCGACGAAUACGUCAGGAACACAACCGCGAGAGCGUUCGCCGUGGUGGCGUCGGCUCUUGGUAUACCGGCUCUCCUGCCAUUCCUUCGUGCCGUGUGCCGCAGCAAAAAGUCAUGGCAGGCCCGACAUACUGGUGUCAAGAUCGUACAGCAAAUUCCUAUUCUAAUGGGGUGUGCUGUUCUGCCCCACCUCAAGGGACUGGUGGACUGUAUAGGUUCCAAUCUGAACGACGAACAGACAAAGGUGCGAACCGUCACCAGUUUGGCCAUCGCAGCUUUGGCUGAGGCGUCCAACCCUUACGGUAUCGAGAGUUUUGACGAUAUCCUCAACCCCCUCUGGACAGGUGCCCGAAAGCAGCGAGGCAAAGGACUUACCGGAUUUCUGAAGGCCGUUGGUUACAUCAUUCCGCUCAUGGAUGAAGAAUACGCGAACUUCUAUACUUCACAGGUUAUGGACAUCCUGCUUCGAGAGUUCUCGUCGCCUGAUGAAGAAAUGAAGAAGGUGGUCUUGAAGGUUGUCUCUCAGUGCGCAGGCACUGAAGGUGUCACGGCUGGGUACCUCAAAGAGCACGUUCUUGACGAGUUUUUCAAGAGUUUCUGGGUCCGACGUAUGGCCCUUGAUAAGCGGAACUACCGACAAGUCGUCGAGACGACCGUUGACAUUGGCCAGAAAGUUGGUGCCAGCGAGAUUCUUGAGCGCAUCGUGGUCAACCUCAAAGAUGAGAGUGAACCCUACCGCAAGAUGACUGUUGAGACGGUGGAGAAGGUGGUGGCGAGUUUGGGAGCCGCAGAUAUUGGGGAGAGAUUGGAAGAGCGACUCAUUGACGGCAUCCUCCACUCCUUCCAGGAGCAAAGUGUUGAAGACAUUAUUAUGCUGAACGGCUUCGGAACGGUGGUGAACGCCUUGGGAACGCGGUGCAAGCCAUACCUACCUCAAAUUGUGUCGACCAUCCUAUGGCGCCUCAACAACAAGUCGGCCACUAUCCGACAGCAAGCCGCAGAUCUCAUCAGCCGCAUUGCCAUGGUUAUGAAGCAGUGUGGCGAGGAUGCCCUUAUGGGUAAGCUUGGUGUCGUGCUGUACGAAUACCUCGGUGAGGAGUAUCCUGAAGUGCUGGGUUCUAUUCUUUCGGCACUUCGUGGCAUCGUCACCGUUGUUGGUAUCAGCCAAAUGCAACCCCCAAUCAAAGAUCUCCUCCCUCGCCUUACCCCUAUCCUACGAAACCGUCACGAGAAGGUGCAAGAGAACACGAUUGAUCUGGUGGGACGUAUUGCCGACCGUGGACCAGAAAGUGUGAACGCAAGAGAAUGGAUGCGGAUCUGCUUCGAGCUACUAGACAUGCUCAAGGCACACAAGAAAGGUAUCCGAAGAGCAGCCAACAACACGUUUGGCUUCAUCGCCAAGGCAAUUGGUCCCCAGGAUGUGUUGGCAACCCUGCUAAACAACCUGAGAGUCCAAGAGCGACAGUCUCGUGUAUGCACAGCCGUGGCCAUCGGCAUUGUUGCCGAGACUUGCGCUCCCUUUACGGUGCUUCCAGCUUUGAUGAACGAGUAUCGGGUGCCGGAGCUGAACGUUCAGAACGGUGUUCUCAAGUCACUGUCUUUCCUCUUCGAAUACAUCGGAGAGAUGGCUAAAGAUUACGUCUACGCUGUGACACCACUCCUCGAGGAUGCCUUGAUCGAUAGAGACCAGGUGCAUCGGCAAACGGCAGCCUCGGUGGUGAAACACAUUGCGCUUGGCGUAGUCGGUCUGGGAUGCGAGGACGCCAUGGUCCAUCUCCUCAACGUAAUAUACCCCAACAUAUUCGAAACAAGCCCGCACGUCAUCGACCGCAUAGUGGAGGCCAUCGAAGCCAUCCGGGUGGCCGUCGGACCCGGUCUCGUGAUGAACUACGUCUGGGCUGGUCUCUUCCAUCCCGCCCGCAAGGUCAGACAGCCGUACUGGAGACUGUACAACGACGCGUACGUGUACCAGGCGGAUGCGCUGGUCCCCUACUACCCGAACCUCAACGAAGAGGGUAUCGACAGGCCCGAGCUGGCGAUUGUUUUAUAA